UUGAGAUUAAGUGUUUCUUUGGAAAUUUCCCAUUGAACGUGGUUCUGCUGAAGAUGAUGAUACAUCAUAACAUUUGUGAAUUUCAUAAUAAUUUAUUUGAGACUCGUAUUUGCAGAAUUUCAAAAUGAAACUUAUUUAUAAGAACGUUGAUAAAGAUGGAAAUGGGUCGGUCACACUUAUGCCGGAGGAGUCAGAGGACAUGUGGCACGCCUACAACCUCAUAUCGGAGGGUGACAGCGUGCGAGCCUCUACUAUUAGGAAAGUGCAGAAUGAGUCAUCCACCGGUUCGUCCACCAGCAGCAGGGUGCGGACCACACUCACCAUCUCCGUAGAAACCAUAGACUUUGACACCCAGGCAUGCAUGCUGCGACUCAAGGGCAGGAACAUUGAGGAGAACCAGUAUGUCAAGAUGGGAGCCUACCAUACACUUGAUCUGGAGGUGAACCGCAAGUUCUCUCUCUGCAAGCCGGAGUGGGACUCGGUGGCUCUAGAACGGGUGGACUUAGCUUGCGACCCGACACAGAAUGCAGAUGUUGCUGCUGUAAUCAUGCAGGAAGGUCUGGCGCAUAUAUGUCUCAUCACCGCAAGCAUGACUCUAGUUCGGGCCAAGAUAGACCAGGUCAUCCCUCGAAAACGGAAGGGCAACAUCAAACAACAUGAAAAGGGUUUGCAAAAGUUCUACGACAACGUUAUGCAAGGUAUUUUGCGCCACGUCAACUUUGACAUAGUGAAGUGCGUGCUGAUAGCCAGCCCAGGCUUUGUCCGAGACCAGUUCCACGAGUUCAUGAUGCAAGAGGCGGUGAAGACUGACAACAAGCUGCUUCUAGACAAUAAAUCCAAGUUCCUCCUCAUACACGCAUCGUCAGGCUUCAAACACUCUUUAAGAGAAGUGCUUAUGGACCCGGCAAGUGACAGCCAAGAUGGCCCGACACCAAGGCUCUGGGGUGAGGUGAAGGCGCUGGAAACCUUCUACACCACCCUGCAGGACAGAGCCUGCCAAAGCCUUUAUGGAGUGAAACACGUUGAAGCUGCCAAUGAGAGCCAAGCGAUCGAAACACUUCUCAUCUCCGACAACCUGUUCAGAUGUCAAGAUGUACAAGAGCGCAAACGCUACGUCAGCCUAGUGGACAGUGUCAGAGACAGUGGGGGAGAUGUUAAGGUGUUCUCUAGUAUGCACGUCUCGGGUGAACAGCUGAUGCAGUUGACAGGAGUGGCAGCUAUUUUACGCUUUCCGAUGCCAGACUUGGACGAACGAAGACGGAAAGAGAGGGAACUUGUCUCUGUUGUUGAGCUCUGCAAGCACUCUAAUGUGGUGCACAAGGACACGCUGCAAGCUUCAAGAUAG